AUGUUCUCACCACCACUGUCCACCUGCACCAUGGCCCUGAAUCCUGAAAUGCCACUGCGAACAACAGCUUCUGCCACGCUGAACCCAACCUCUGCUUCCACCUCCUCCGCGAAUCCUGGGCUUUCUUACACUGCAACACCAGCUGCCUCUGCUUCAGCUCUGCAACCGAGCCUUUGCUCCCCUGCGGGGGCAGCCAUUUCACCCAGCCCUGCUCCUCACCUUAUUGACUGGCUUCCAUACCUCGCUUCAGUGAUGACCAGCACAAAGCGGGGGAAGGAGGAAGAGCAGCCACCCACAGAGACGGAGCAUGUGAAGAGGAGUGGAAGCACCUAUCUGCCUGCCCUUAGCGAAGGAGGAAGUGUCCAGGCAGGGUUCAUCAAGCAGCAGCCUCCUGAAUCCGUUUUCUCACCUCCACCGUCAUUCCCGGCCAUUCCCCCACCUUCUGAGCAGGCACCUGCAACUCUAGGGGACAUCCUGGCAGAGCUGAAGACCAUGAACAACCACCUUUCUGUCAUUGCAAGGGCUCUUAGCCGGCUAACCUCAGCCUUAGCAUCCCAGCAGGAGUCUACCAAUACGCCAGGUUUGUAA